CUCUCGAAGUCAUGCGCGGUAGCAAUACCAAACCAAAUACGGGGAGUAGUGGAUUCUUGAGAUAAGCCUUUGAUAAACCUUGGAAAUUUUAAUGCCAUAAUGCCUUUCAAAUACUCCUAGCCAUUAUCCUAUUGCAAUAAUUCUUUCUAAGAAGAAUUCCCAUGUUGUGCCAAUUCCGGCCAAAAUAAGGAGAUUUCAGAAUUUUUGCAUGAAUGAUGAAAUUGGGUGAGGGAUUAGUUGAACUAUGAUGGAUUUCAUGAUGCUUAAGUGAUUGAUGAGAUAUUUGUGCCCUGGUGGGAAUAUUUGUUAUGUUAGGAUGUUGGAAUAGAAAAAUGCCCACCAAGUGCAUACUGAAUUGUCUAGCCUUGAUACAAUUUUGGGCAUGUUGAACAAUGGUCAUUGAGGCAUGAUAUAGGAUUGAAUUUGCAACCUUUUUUAUAUAUAUGAAACUCUUCAUGGCUCGAUGUGCUUUUGGUUUGAUUGAGCUUAAUUGUUGGUCAUCCAACCUUGUGCAAUACCUAUGUAGGCACGUUACCUAUGUUAGAAAUUAAGUGCGGGGGAGUGAAUUUUCUCCACAAUGUGCUUUUCUAAUGAAUGUUUCCAUGCAUUAUGCUUGUUGCUUUGUAUUUUUGCAGGAUGGUUGAUCUGAUGCAUGAGUAUAUCCAUUACUUGGUGGAUCACCCGACUAUGGGUCACGAUUUGAGUUAUGAAGGAAUGUGGACAUUGGACCCCACUAGCGCCUUGAACUCGGCAUUUUUUUUACAUCUUUUUCAUUGUCAGGCUGCAAUCUCAACAACCAUUUCUCAUCCACGGUGGCUCCAAUUGCUCAGCCUUGACGAGUCGAUCUACUGGGAGUUGUGCUUGGAGUUCUACUCCACAUUUGUUCACGUGCAGCCUAGAGGACGACGCAAUCAACCAUAUGUGGAGUUCAGACUAGGUGGAGUCCAUCAUAUGAUAGUGUAUGACACCUAGCUCACGAUUUGGGGCUCCAUAGCGAAAUCAUGAUGAUGGAGCUUACACCAGGGGUGCGAACCCCUAGUCGGUGUAUGAUUCGAUUAUCCUCCUAGAGUAUAGAGAGAACUCUUUCUAAGUGGGUCACACCAGGGUGACUCAGUUCAGGCCCCAAUGGAAGAUCCUUCACAUGCUGCCGACCCACUCUGUGGUCCAAAUUCUGCUAGCUCAGGGACUGAAUGCGCUCUGAGGGAUCGUGGCACUUUACACGAUGGGUUGAACGCGAGAGCCUCUCCAUCUGGGAGCAGUUGUGGCAACAACACAUCGCGAGAGGUUUCGAGUACAUCGAUGGUGUUCGACCCUAUGCCAUGUCCAACCCAGUGUUGGAGGAGGGUCCAAAGCCAUGCCAUCGAGCUCAACCACCAUGCCAACGUGGCCAUGCCAGUGCUUCAUCAUCAUGAGGAGCUGGUCCUUCAUCCAUGGGAAACUUUGUGGCUCGAAUCUCUACCCUUGAGGACUAGUUUGGCGGCAUCUCAUUCAAGAUAGAAAGAGAGCGUGUCACGCCCGACGACAUUCACAUCACUUGGCGGAUGAGCUAGUCCGUGCUCAGGGCAUCGUCUUCCAGGACAUUGAGUGGCAUCCUUCAUUUCCUCGCUAGGAGCAGUCACCACUUCAGUGCCAUGUUGGCACCAUCUCUUUGUGUGUUUAACUAGUCCUAUUUUGUUGUUUUUCUUUUCUUGUGAUGUUUAGAUAUUGUGAUUGUGUAACAAACUCGCCUUAAGCAAGCAUGUGUUUAUAUUUGUGUGUUUAUUCCUUGUGAAGCUAGUCCAUCUCUAGUCCGACAUUCACUCACCAAUGAUUUGGUAACUUCCUUCCACCCUUAUUCUUGCUCCAUUAGGUACUAGGUCGUUCUGAAGUGUGGAGGUGUAUACAUAUAUUUGUGUUUGCCGUGUGAAUAAUGAGUGGAAUGGCUU